CUCUUAUCUGAAGGAACCUCAUGGAGCACAAGUCAAUGAGCAGAUUCAAGCAGGAAAACAACUUAGGGAAGAUUUAAAGUACACGAGGAGAUAAAAGUACAAGAAGAAGAGUUAGAGGUUUAAGUGUUUGGAGAGUUCUAAGACGAGCGCAGGACCAUGAGUACCUUUGGGUACCGCAGGGAGCUGAAGAAGUACGAGGAGGUGGAUGAAGACGAGCUGCUGGCCACUCUGUCCUCCGAGGAGCUCCAGGAGCUGGAGAGGGAGCUGGCCGACCUCGACGACAACGUCCCCAUCGGCCUGAGGCAGAAAGACCAGACAGCCAAAACUCCAACGGGAAGCUUCGACAGGGAUUCUCUGCUGAAGUACUGGGAGGACGAGAACAAGAAGCUGCUGGAGGACAAGAGGAUGGAGGACGAGAGGAUGGAGGACGAGAAGAUGGAGGACAAGAAGAUGGAGGACAACACCGGACAGGAGGGACGCCCAGAUAAGAGCAGGGGGGAGCGAGUGACAGUGACCACCAGCGACCCCGGCAAGAGUCUGAACAUUUCACCAAAGGGAAAGAAAGUGCAGAGUGUGUUUAGCAAAAAUGAUCUGAAGGAAGAUCAGGCAGAGAAGAAAGACGAGUGUAAAAAGGAGGCUCCGAUCAGGAGUAAAUGUCCUCAGAAGAACGUUUUGUCAAAAGGCUCAAAGAGUGAAUCGAAGAGGACUGAAACCACAGACCAAAACCUGAACACAACCUCCGAUAGGGCGAGCGGAAACCCGAUCGUCAUUGAUGAAACUCUGGAGCAGAUCUUGUGUGACGACCCCACCGUGAGCGAAGUCAACCUCAACAACCUCGAAGACAUUUCCCAGGAAACCUUGCUUCGUUUCCCUGAGGCCCUGUGCACAAACACUCAUGUUCACGUUUUCAGUCUCGCCAACACCCACGCCGACGACCGGGUUGCCUUCGCCAUCUCCAAGAUGCUCCGUGAGAACCGCUUCAUCAGAAACUUGAACAUCGAGUCCAACUUCGUGUCUGGUCAGGGCAUCCUGGCUCUGGUGGCGGCGCUGCAGCACAACAGGACGCUGGUAGAGCUUCGCUUCCACAACCAGAGGCACAUUUGCGGGGGGAAGGUGGAGAUGGAGAUGGUCCAGCUGCUGAGGGAAAACACCACUUUGCUCAAGCUCGGUUACCAGUUCGACCUCCCGGGCCCGAGGAUGACUGCGACCAGCAUCCUGACGCGCAACCAGGACCAACAGCGACAGACGAGGCUCCAACAGAAGAAGGAACAGAGUCCUCCAGACAUGUCGGGACAAGGUUCUGGUUCAUCUGCGGAAAACAGACCUCCAAAGAAGCCAUCACAAUCAUCUAAGACUGUUGGAAACCAGAACAGAAACCCUCCUCCUCCUCCUCCUUCUUUAGCCCUACCCACGAGAAAGAUCUCUGAAAUGGUCAAACAGCACGAAGGCUCGAACAGCUCGAAGACUCAGUCAAACCAAAGGAAGCCAAAGUCAAAGAAGCUCAAGAACGGCGCCAAUGAAAAGGAGAGUGCAGAUAUUUUCAAAGACCUGAAGAAUUCCUUGAAGCCGUCACUGCAGAAAAGACAAGACGAACCUUCACGCAUGGCGCCACCGCCACCGCAGGGGUCGAGCCGCGAUGACCUGAUGGCGGCGAUUCGUGGAAGCAGCAUCGAGUCCUUAAAAAGGGUGGAUGCGUCAGAGGCCUGAACUCAUCACUCCUGAACUCUUCUCACUUUGUAUUGAAGUAUUUCAUUUUUAUUUCACACUAAAGUGUCACUUUUUAAACAGCAUCGUAUUUCACUUGUCACACGGCGUCGCAGCUGCAUUUCUGUAUAUUUCAGACUUUAUUGUUAUUUUGUUACCGUGUGA